UUGAGUACGAGCGCUCUCCCGCUCUCGCACACUCUACGCACGCUCACUCUCAGCUGGUGGAGUGUACUGCAGGCUGCCCUGGACCGAAAGAGGAAAAAACUGAAAAUUGCCGCGGAAAAAGAAAGCGGUGCCAAACAAUUAUCUGCUAACCGCUGUGUUGCUGCCACAUAGGAUGUACUGGAAAAGGAAGUAAAUCAUUUGGUUUGUUUGUGUUGCAUUUAUCUACCCCCGCUUCUCCGUUCCCUCCGGAGUUUAAAUUGAGGAUUCUGGACUGAACGAAGACAAUGUGCGCCGGACUUAAGCCACUGUUGUCACUUUCAUGAGCGAAACACAGGACUUUGGAAAAGGUGUAGUCCAGUGAGCCGUCCUCUGUGAGCGUGUGUGUGUGUGGUGCGUCCAGUCGGCCCGGGGAGAGAGACCGAGCGAGCAGCCAUGAGCGCCGAGGCCACGCAGGGGGUGGUCACCAGCCCCCCCGCCCCCCUCGCCCAGCGGCCCGCCUCCGCGCCGCCCAAGGAGCGCUACUUUGACCGCGUGGACGAGAAUGACCCUGAGUACCUGCGCGCUCGCAACAUGUCACCCGACCUGCGGCAGGACUUCAACAUGAUGGAGCAGAAGAAGAGAGUCACACAAAUCCUCCAAAGCCCAGCCUUUAAAGACGAGCUGGAGGGCCUGAUUCAAGAGCAGCAGAAUAAGGGCAAUAACCCCGCUGGCUUGCUGGCCCUGCGACAGAUCGCUGACUUCUUCAUGGCCAGCUCCAUCGCCGGCUUCUCUACCUCCCCCCUCAGUCUGGCUAUGGUCACUCCCAUCAACGACAUGUUUGGGACGGAGUCUACCACACUGGUGAAGGGGGAGAAGCAGACCCGCUGUAAGCUGGCCAGCCUCUACCGGCUGGUGGACCUCUUCAGCUGGGCCCACUUCCCCAGCUCCUUCGUCACGGUGCGGGUGAGCAAAGAACAAGACCACAUUCUCAUCAUCCCCAGGGGACUGUCCUUCGCUGAGGCCUCUGCGUCCAAUCUGGUAAAGGUGAACAUCAUUGGGGACGUGGUGGACCAGGGCUCCACCAACCUGCGCAUCGACCACGCCGGCUUCAGCCCCCACGCUGCCAUCUACUCCAUGCGGCCCGACGUCCGGUGCAUCAUCCACAUUCACACUCCAGCCACUGCAGCAGUCUCUUCCAUGAAGUGUGGGAUUCUGCCCAUCUCCCAGGAGUCUCUGAUCCUGGGCGACAUCGCCUACUACAACUACCAAGGCAGCCUUGACGACCAGGAGGAGCGUGUGGAGCUCCAGAAGGCCCUCGGCCCCUCAACCAAGGUGCUGGUCCUGAGGAACCAUGGAGUGGUGGCGCUGGGAGAGACUAUUGAAGAGGCCUUUCACUACAUCUACACUGCCCAGUUUGCAUGUGAAAUCCAGGUGAAUGCGAUCUCAUGUGCGGGCAGCCCGGACAACCUGAUCGUGCUGGACCUGGAGAAGUACAAGGCGCGCACGCACGGAGUGGCCGAGGCCGGGGUCAACAUGGGCAGCCAGCACAAGUGGAAGGUGGGCGAGCUCGAGUUUGAGUCGCUCAUGCGCAUGCUGGACAACCUGGGCUACCGAACGGGCUACGCCUACCGGCACCCCAUCGUGCGGGACAAGCCGCGGCACAAGAGCGAGGUGGAGAUCCCAGCCACGGUGACGGCGUUCUCGUUCGAACGAGACGAGGCGGCGACGCGGCUGCCCUUCAAGCUGCUCCAGCAGAGGCAGCAGCGCGAGAAAACCCGCUGGCUCAACUCCCCCAACAGCUACAUGAAGGUCAACGUGGGCGACAGCAACGGCUCCGAGAGCACCCCGCGUACCAAGUGGAUGAGAUCUGAAGACUCCAGCAUCAGCAGUGGUACUCCCAUCCGAAUCGAGGACGCCAACCAGUUCAUCCCACUCAACACCAACCCCACAGAGGUGCUGGAGAAGAGGAACAAAAUCCGGGAACAGAACAGGUUCGACAUGAUGACGGCCGGGCCCCAGUCCCACAAGCUUGCAGGCAUCGUGAUUGAGAGGCCGCCGGUCGAGGGUCCAGUAAAGCCUUACACAGGUGAGGAUGAGGAGCAGACAGGCCCACUGCCACCCAACCCCUUCAGCGAGCUGUCUGAGGAGAUUGAUGGCAAACGCCCUACUGAGAACCACACGGGGGUCCUGCUCAACGGGAAGGGUGAGGGCCACGACGCCGACCAGGACGAGCUGAACAAGCGCAUGAGUCAGCUGACCACCAGCGCCGAGAGCCUGAAGCCGCCGCAGGGCGAGAAGAUCGAGGAGGUGCUCUCGCCCGACAGCUCGCCCUCCAAGUCCCCCAACAAGAAGAAGAAGAAGUUCCGCACGCCGUCCUUCCUCAAGAAGAACAAGAAGAAAGAGAAGGUGGAGGCCUGAGAAGGGAAGAGUGGGUGAGAGUGAGGGAGGGAGAGAGAGAGAAAGGGAGGGGGUGAAGUGAGGGCAAGUUUGUCGUUUUCUGACACCCUCUUCACACCUUUAUUUUUUAGAGAUUAGGGGUGCAGUGGAGGGGGGCGAAGGAGGAGGAGUCAGGCCGAUUCCUCCGGCAUGGGAAUCUGAAAUGCGUGUAGUGGGUGUGACCUGUGGCAGUGAAGCAGUUUUGUUUUGUUUUGUUUUGUUUUUCUUCUCCCUCUUCCAGUCUUUGUACGCCAAGAACGCUCCGCCAGUCUCCUCCACGGUUCAUUUUGUAACAUUUAAAGAAAAGAAAAAGAUACACGCAGACAGACAAAAACAUACUCACACGGGCCGCUACCCUCUAUCGUCAGCAUUUCACUCUCCAGUCUGUUCCGAGUCCUCCCCUUUGUGUUUCAAAUGACUUCUGUCUGUGUUUGUUUCGUUUUUUAAGUCAUAGCUUUUUUUGUAUAGUGUUUUUUUUUUUUUUUUUUUUUUUUUUUUUUUAAGAGAAAAGAUUUCCCAUCACAGUAUGCAAAACAAAAAAAGAAGCUAUAUAUUUGAUUGUAAUCACUAGAGGUGAGUGGAGAUGAAUUUUCAGAGGAAUCGUGGGGAUUUCUAAGCAAGCUAAUUUUAGUUGGGGAGGGGUGGGGUGCAGGGUUGCAGCUGGUAAACUGGCUCUUCCUGCCAGAGGAACAGAGGAGAGUUGUUGCGGUCCCUGGACUGUCUGAAGUCUGCACACUAUACCUGUGGACUUCCCCACUGCAUAUAACGAUUGGCCUUAAGUGUUAGCGGGCGCUACGGGCAACAAAGAAGCUGCACAGCAUGGCGACUCGGCAUUCAUGAACUCCCCCUGUGUGGGUCAGAAGCCAUUUUGUUUUAUGAGUUCUGUCAAUCAUGUUCUGGGGUCUCCUCUAGUGAGGAGGAUGAGGGAUUAACUCCACACCACAGACAGAAAAGUCACUGGAAUCAGUUAAGAGACAUUUUACAACAGGGUUUAUCAUUUUAUUGUGUUUUUUUAUUUCUUUUCAUCUUCCCCUUGAUCAUUUCUGCCUGUAAUUUCUGCCGACACCCGUCUUGCCCUUGUGCGGAGAGAUGAAAUGGGUUUGUACCUUCAAAAGGUCAUCAAAGGGUCUUUAUGUUGAGUUGGGAUCACAUCCUGUUUUGCGCUGACUUUAUUUACAAUCCUGUGUUAGCCUCGCUAAUCAGUCUCCCCACUUUUUUCUCAUGCCAAACGAAAUGGAAAAAAAGAAAAACAAUCACGUUUUAGUGAAGUGGAAUCCUGAUUUUUACAUCAUGGAUUUGGAUUUUUUUUUUUUGUUUUGUUUUAAGAAGACAAGCGUUCAUCUCUGAUUUUUAGUCAGUGGGGUUUCCUGGUAGAUGCUUUUAUUUUCUACUUAAUGUCUAUGCUUUUACUGAAAAGUUGUUAUGGUCAACAUUUUCUUGCGUGAAUUUUAUUUCUCUUUUUUCCUUUGGAAUUUAUAUGGCUAUAGUGAUGCCGGGUUUCUCAAUAUUGUAGCUCAGACAACUUUAAAACUGCAUCUAUAUAGUGGAGGUAUUAUGAUAACUGGAUACAUUGAAUUCAUUUUUAAUUCUGUAUUUGUACUCUUUGUUUUUUAUUGUGCUGCACUUUUAUAAUGGUGUAUAACACAAACCUGUACACGUAGGCGGUUUCACCAAUGAAGGAGGUGUGCGGAAGGCAAGAGAGAAAGUGUAUGGGGAGCAGGGAAGACAUAAAGGAGAGAAACGUUUGAGAAACUCUGAAAGACAUUUCAGGUGCAUGGAGAGGGAGUGGUGUCAGACUGUGUUCUUUUGUGUUAAGCAUCCAAUUAUAUCAAAUAAAUGUAUUUGUUAACAACUAUGUAUUGCAAAGAAGAAGAAGGAAAAAAACGAAAUGUCAAUCCCAAUUGAAAGUGUCAAUCCCAAUUGAAGCGCCGGCCAGGCAGUGUGAAGCAGGAGUCUCUGGUCUGAUCAUGGCCUCAGAGGGCCAGCUCCCGUCUAGUUGUUUUUCUCUAUGUGAGCCAUACAGAUAUCUAGUUUGUUUGUUUGUAUUUUUUUUCAGAUGUGUAAUUGCAAGACAAAGGUUGAGCUACAAUCUUCCUGCUCGUUCUACAGAGAGAGAGAGAGAUAGGGAGAAAGAAAGAAAGAAAGGAGAGAGAGAGAAGGGUAGGGGGGGGACCAGGAGGGUCAUGAGACCACUAUCAAAACUUGUACGUGUCACUUGCAUGAUGUGGAAGCCACACCCACGUUGCGUCACUACAAUGAGAUGGCACCACGCCAGGCUACAGACUACUCCCCGUCGCCUUGAUUACUUUGGGGCCCAGAGUGGUUUCAACUGAUGUUGCUGCCUUUGUCUCUCCAGAGGUGUGUUUUCUGUCCCCUCGUCCCCACAGCUCAAUAGGAGUUUGAGCGGGUGGGCUUUUGAGAUCAUGGAAACGUGACGUUUAAUGGCCAUGGCAGUUGGGAGCCAUGUGGUUACACUUCUCUGUUCAUUUCCUCCAUCUGUUCCUUCACUAUGAUUGCAUUUCUUUUUUUCUUUUUUUUUCGGCCUCCACGAUAUAUCUGGAAAUAUAGAAAAUAAUCUGCCCAAAAACAUGUCCAGAUUACGGAGACCCAUGGAUGAACUCUGUGACAAAUCAAAAAAGGUAGAGAACAAAAAAAAGAAAGAGGAGUAGGUUGUCACUUCAUCAUCCUCUAAAUCACUGUUGGUCAGUCAGUUGUAAGUGGGCAGACUAAACCAGCGACGGGGACAUCCCAGCCAGCAAUGUGAAAGUACUGGAUUUGGACCCAGAGAGAGGGGUAGGGGGGUGGGGUGGGGAGGGUGCUGGUGGUGGGGGAACGAGGCACAUGUAAGCUGUGUAAAUAAGCAUGUGGCUUUCAGGAGGGCCCUGGUGAAUAGCUGGAGCCAGGAGAUGAAGGCGUACAUUUGAAUUUUUUAUAAGGAGCAGCGUUGGGGCGGGUCAGUGGGGGGAGAAAAGGCCUUCCGGACAUUAACAUCAUGUUUUAAAUCAAUCCAGUUGUACUACUUUUUUGCGCUUUUUUCUUUCUCCUCCUUCAUACCAUCUUUCUUCCCUUUUACAAGUUAUUUUAUGCUUUCAGUCCUCCGUUUGUACUGCAGUAUGUUUUUAAAAUAGUUUACAGAGCACGAAGCUUUUACUCACCAUUUAUGAGCACAAAAUGGCAGAUGAAUGAAUGUGCAUUGCAUUCUCUCUUUUUUUUAUUUUAAUUUUAUUUUCUUCUCCAACCGUUUGCACGUUGUUCUUACUAAUGCCUCUUUUCCCAUCACUUUUGUUUGUUACUAAUGCCUCUUUUCCCAUCACUUUUGUUUGUUACUAAUGCCUCUUUUCCCAUCACUUUUGUUUGUUACUAAUGCCUCUUUUCCCAUCACUUUUGUUUGUUACUAAUGCCUCUUUUCCCAUCACUUUUGUUUGUUACUAAUGCCUCUUUUCCCAUCACUUUUGUUUGUUACUAAUGCCUCUUUUCCCAUCACUUUUGUUUGUUACUAAUGCCUCUUUUCCCAUCACUUUUGUUUGUUACUAAUGCCUCUUUUCCCAUCACUUUUGUUUGUUACUAAUGCCUCUUUUCCCAUCACUUUUGUUUGUUACUAAUGCCUCUUUUCCCAUCACUUUUGUUUGUUACUAAUGCCUCUUUUCCCAUCACUUUUGUUUGUUACUAAUGCCUCUUUUCCCAUCACUUUUGUUUGUUACUAAUGCCUCUUUUCCCAUCACUUUUGUUUGUUACUAACGCCUCUUUUCCCAUCACUUUUGUUUCUGUUUUAAAGGAGAAAAAAAUACAAAAUGGCUUUGGCAACUUUGAGCCAAGCCUAUCUGUGAUCUGUGAAAUCUUAUAUAAAUGGUUAUCUAAUGGAGUUGCUUUUAGAUGUACUGCUAAUCAGUGUAAAUUCACAAAUAAAACUAUUUUAAGACAA